AUUCAAUGACGGUCCAAAUAUUUUGAUGACGACAGUUAUAAAUGCAUGGUGGAAAACUAGCAGUUCAGCAUAAUAAUCGGGAGGACAAAGAAGGAAGACGUCGAAAAUGAAUCAGCAAAGCUCUUCCGGCUCCAGGGCCAGACAUGUCUUUAAGAGGCCGUGGGAUGAGGACUCUGAUUCAACCUCUGAUGACACUUUACAGACUCCCGUCAAAAAGACUUACGAUUCAGGAACUGCCUUCCCAGACAGUGUGUGUGUUCCUGCCCCCACUUCUGUUCCCCAAACAAUACCACCUCUUGAGAAGAAUUCAGUCUGGGAUGGGGGAUAUGACUCUCCAUGCCUUAGUGAGGGCGACAUGUUGUCAGGCAGUUUAUGUCCACGUCAUUCGCAGGUCUCUGAGAGCCACGAGUUGGAUCCUGAGGAGGUCACACUCGAUCUGGGCUUUGACUGUGAAGCUGAGAUCAUGUACUUGAGUCCUGUCGGAAGAGGAGGCUCUGAUGAGCUGAAUGACACCUUCAAAGGAAGCUGUCAGAGUUUUGAUGAUGAAGACUGUCAUCAAAAACCCAGUGGGUCUAGUCAAAGUCUUGAACAGGGGCCUGGGUAUAGAAGGGGGAAAGAAGAGAACAAGGGAGAGCAAGACAAAAAGACAAAAAAUGACAAAAGUUUACUUUUUAUGGCCGGCAUUAAGGCCUGUAGAGCGGGAAGAAAUAUCAGGAGUUCAUGCCUUCAGCCCCUCGACACAUCCAGCCCUCUGGUUAGCAGGAGAGAGAAUAUGCCUAGUCCGCUAUUCUGUGUAGAGGGUAAGCCCCUACUUACCCCUAAGAACAACAAGAGCCAAGCUGAAGUGUUUGAACAAUAUGCCUCCUUCACCUUAGAGGACUGUUCUUACAGCUUGUUUGAUACAGGAGAGGGUACGGAAGGCACUGUUGGUGGUCCUAAGAGUGCCACAGUGGCACCUGGGGCCAGAGCAGUUUGUGCUGAGACCAAUGCAGGUAAGGGGAGUGGUCUUCCUUCAGUCCAGGACUGUCCAGUCUCUUCUGUAGAUAAAAAGGUUACCAUGGCGAUGAGCAAAAGGAUCACCAGAUCUAUGCAACCACAGAUUCCAUCUCUGGUUCAGGCUCAGUUCAAGUCUGAGAGAGUGGCUCCAAGCCUGAAAAGUAACAACAGCAAGCCAGCAUUUAACAUCACUCAACCCCAACUGAAAGAGAUCAAGACAGUUACACCUCAGCAGAAAGCUAAUCCUGUACAAAACAAUUCUGUACAAAAAACUAUCCAACCAGGCCAGGCUGACCAAAUAGUUGGAAAUGUAAACCAACCACCCAACCAAACUACCAAUCCAGGACCAAAACAAAUUACCGAGCCAGUAUCAAAACAAAUUACCGAGCCAGUAUCAAAACAAAUUACCAAGCCAGUAUCAAAACAAAUUACCAAGCCUGUAUCGAACCAAACGGCCAAGCCAAUACCAAAACAAAUUACCAAUCCGGUACCAAACCAAACAGUCAAGCCGGUACCAAAACAAACUAUCAUAACGGCACAAACUCAGCCUAAAAUCAAACUACCUGUACUAGAGGUCAAGGAAACCCAGCCAGCUGAAAACAAAGGAGUCCCAAAGAAAAAAGUCAUCCAGAAAAAUAGAAGGGUGGAUAUGCUACCUCCAAGGCCCUUGAUCAGAGAGGAUUACCUGCAGCAGCAGAGGAGGUACUAUGUGGGGACAGUCAACCAACAUAAUGAGGAGAAUAUGAAUGUAGACCAACGUUCAGUAAGAGGGCUAAUGCAGGAGCUUCUCAACCUGAUGGACACAUUGGCAGCUCAAGGACCAGGCUUCAAUGGCCAGCAAUGGCAGCACCCCUCUGACCUCACCUGCAGAAAUUACCGUUUGGCUUUUGGUAAUAUCAUUCCAUGUUAUACUUUGGUACAAUGGAAGAACAAGAGCAACUUUUAUCACAAACGCUUUGCCAAGGUCCCUCUCUUCUUUGAGAGAAGUCCAAUUCCUUAAGCUGGAUCAUAGAAGAGGAAGAGUGGAUAUAAUCUUUAAUCAAAGUUUGCACUUUUUUUCCCUCUUCUGUUCAUGUCGUUAUGCUUUGUACACUAAUUUCAAAUGUAUUUCUGCAUUGUUUUGAGAAAUCAAAAGGAUGUUAUAAUCAAAAGGAUGUUAUGUAUAACUAAUAAUUUUAUAAUCAACGGGGAAUUACAUUUAAUUAACGUUGACAUUUCAUAUUGUUUCAAGUUAUAUAUCUUGUAUAGCUUGUAGCUGUUAAUGAAAAUAAA